AUUAGAACAUUUUCCUACACAUGCGCAUUUGCUUCAACAAUGGCUGAAUGUAUAGACCUACCAAGAAUCAAAGAAGUUCGUGCCUAUGUCAAACAGGCUGCUGCAGGAGACCAAGGUGCCGACUGUCAUGAUGUAUCUGACCAACACUGGAUCAAUGGCUACCCCACUCCAAUAGCCAAUCCGAUGUCCAUGUAUCCUCGUUACCAAGGCUACCGGAAGUCGUGGGGCAUUAAUGCAUUGGGCUCUGUGGUGGCAGAGGUGGAGGCGGAAGAUGGGACAUGUGGAGUGGGUGUGUCCAUUGGCGGUGAGCCAGCGUGUUACAUUAUUGAGCAUCACCUGAGCCGUUUCGUCGAGGGGCAGGACCCUAGCAACAUAGAGCUGAUGUGGGACCAAAUGUAUCGCAGCACCCUCAACUAUGGCCGCAAAGGACUGCCAAUCCAGGCUAUCAGUGCUGUGGACCUGGCCUUGUGGGAUCUCCAGGGCAAGCUUCUCAAGAAACCUGUGUUUGCUUUGCUGGGGGGCAAGACAAAGGAGCGGUUACCUGUGUACAGCACCACAGCUGAGCCUAAGAUUGCCAAGGAUCUUGGGUUUGUAGGUGCCAAGAUUCCAUGUGCAUACGGCCCAGCUGAUGGAGAUGAGGGACUAGCAAAAAAUGUUGAGAUUUUCCGACGAGCACGAGAAUCAGUUGGCCCUGACUACCCCCUCAUGCUGGACUGUUACAUGGCCCUUAGCGUUCCAUACGCAAUAAAGUUGGCAAGGGCUUUGGAGCCUCUGAAUUUGAAGUGGAUUGAAGAGUGCCUGCCGCCUGAUGAUUACCAUGGUUACACUGACCUCAAGGCUGCCCUGACUGGAACCACAAUGGUCACCACUGGAGAGCACGAGUACACGCGGUAUGGAUUUCGCCAAUUGAUUGAAGGCAAGUGUGCUGACAUUAUUCAGCCUGACAUCACCUGGAUGGGUGGGAUCACUGAAGCACGACGAAUGGUUGCUAUGGCAGCAUCACAUGACCUGAAUGUGAUCCCCCAUGGCUCCAGUGUCUACUCAUAUCACCUGCAGUAUGCCUUUGUCAACUGCCCUCUAGCUGAGUACAUCAACCUCAGCCCAAAGGCUGACAAAAUUGUCCCCUACUUUGGGGACCUGUUCACAGAUGAACCACUGCCUGGGAAUGGAUUCAUUGACCUUCCCAACAGGGCUGGCUUUGGAGUGACCUUAAACAGAGAUGGCCUACACCGACCUUACCCACGGACGGAGGAACAAGUGAAGGCUCAGUGUGACUGCAAUAAAGUGAACUAUCAAUCUGAACAUUCAAAGAUGCCUUUUUAAGAGUGCUAAAUAAUUUAUAACAGACACAUGAUGCUAUUAUUUUUUAUAAAUGACCUUUGGAAAUUUUAAUAAUAAUUUAUAUGAAUUGAACGAAA